AUGGCACACAGAUCCUCAGAUAAAAUCUAUUACUUCCGAGAAGGAAUUUUUGAAGAAAGGAGCCCACGCAAAUGUCACCUGUUUGAGAAGAUCUUUUCUCAGUAUGAGAUUUACGUUCUUCCCAUGUCCAUUUUUUCUUCUCUUCAUGGUAAUCGUUUCAGCUCUGCUUUUGAAAUCUCAGUGCGAACUUGCUUUAACUAUUCAAUGACUUUCAUGCCUCCAAAUUUCAGCUACUAUUCUCCAGAUCACUGCAGCUUUACAGGGGGUACAAAGGAGGGGCAGGAGCAGCUUAAAUUGCAUAGGCCAAACUCUCCAGAGCGCCCUCCAGCUACUACCCAUCACGGCGCUGGCAGCUCCUGUCCAGACCUCCGAAAAUUCCGGCAGAAAUGCUGGGAAGGAAAACUGGAGGGGUGUGUAGGAAAACUAAUGGUCUGCAACCUGGCCUCCACCAGACAGCUGGAGGAGCUGAAGGAGAGGCUUCUGGCCGAUAAAUCCCUGGCUACUAAAACUGAACAGGAUUGCAGAACUGUAUUACACUGGGCGUGCUCAGCCAGCCAUACAGACCUCAUUGAAUUCUUGCUGCUGGGAGAGCCAGUAAAUGAUAAAGACGAUGCAGGCUGCUGUCCUCUUCACAUUGCAGUUUCUGCUGGCCCGGAUGAUAUUGUAAAAGCCCUCCUGGGAAAAGGAACUCAAGCGAAUGCUGUCAAUCACAAUGUCUGGACUCCUUUACGUGAUGCAGUCUCCCCACACAUGCAUGAGAUCGUUGUUCUGUUACUGGAAAGAGGAACUAACCCAGAUGUUAAGGGCCAUUAUGAGGCCACAGCAAUGUGCAAGGCCUCAGCCGAGGGUAACUUGAAGAUGAUUCAUUUUCUUCUGUCCUACAAAGCAUCCACAAAUAUCCAAGACACGAAGGGGAACACUUCUCCAGGCUUAGGCUGUGAUGAGGAAAGAAUUGAAGAAGCCAAACUGCUGGUGACUCAUGGAGACAGUCUUUACCCAGAAAGCAGCAAAGAAAAUACAUCUCUGCAAGUGGUCAAAGGGGGGUUGGGUUUACUAUUCAGAGAACGGUGGAAGUUUAGACAGUUUGGAUAUAAUUUUUAG